AUGGCUGUCCCUCGAUCCUUGUUCAUUUUGAUAUCCUUCUUGCUGUUGAUUAAUUUGUCUUCGAUCAUCGCCCAAGGUGACAGUGGUGCUCCUACUCCCAGUGAUGAUGAUGAGGAAUUUUCAGAAUUUAUUCAUGACGAGGAUGAAUUUCCAGAACGUGAAGAAACUGCUACAACGGAGGAAGACACUAGCAGCGACUUCGAAGAUACUGAUACUACCAUAGAGAGUGACGAUGAAGAAUUCUUAAAAGACGAAGAGGAAUUCGAGGGUAUUGGCGAGAAACCAACUAGAUCAAAAUCGCAGCAGCCUCAAUUACAAUAUGCCGAGGUACCUGUACAUUUAGCGAGUAAAGGAUGGGAAGCCUUUUCCAGUGAAAUAAUGAUUAUUUGUGGACUGGUGGUGUAUGCAAUUAAUUUCUUUGCUGGAAGAUCAACCAACUCCCGACUAGCAUAUGCAUGGUACGAAUCAGCGAGACAAUUGCUGGAAUCCAACUUUGCUGUUGUAGGAGAUGACGGUACCGGAAAGGAAGUUCAACAUGGUGUCCUUAUAAAAGAUAGUGAAAGUAUUUAUAGCUUGUGGUGUACUGGAAAACUGGGAUGUAAAGGGAUGCUGGUACAGAUAAAAGUUAUAACAGUAGAAAUGUUGGAAGAGGAUAUGGAUUCAUUCGUGUUUGCUGUUGUUCCUAAAAAAAAUGUUGCAAAAUUACAGAAGGACCUACAAGAUCUAAGUUUCUUCUGCCCGGAUAAACGUUCAGGAGAAAAGUAUGGAUUAUCAAAUUCUUAUGCUAUCUUAUCAGAAUUCCCUGAAAUUGCUGAAACGAUGCUAACCCAGCAGGCCAAGCAAAAAGCUCAAGUGCGACGUGCUAAAUUACAAGAAACCUACUUGAAGCAAUCUCAUGCACAAAGACAAGAGGCCGCGCAACAGCGUCGUGAAGAAAAAGCGAAAGCGGACAAGGAAAAGUUAUUAGCCGAGGAAGAUCCAGACAAAGUUCGAAAAUUACAGGAAAAAGAAUAUAAAAAGCAGUUAAAGAAGAAGAAUCCAAAAAUGAAACAGAUGGUCAGGCAUCUUGCUGAUACUUCUUAUGCCGGUGUUAUCCUAGCUUUCGUCAUAGAUCAUAUUCUAAAUUAA